UUAUUGUAAAUAAGAUUAACCUCUAAAUGAAUAUAAAGUUUUGCAAAGUGGUUAUAAGGCUAGAAAGUAAAAUUUGUUUUUUCUGUGUGCAAGAUGAUUUUAGGAAAAUUUUUAGCACACAGCACUGUGCAAAAAAUUAAGUAUUUGCUACCGAAUAAGACACUAUACACACAUAAGCGACUGCUUUCGAUUACCAACACAUUAGCCUCUAAGGAUUCCGUAAAUAUAUCCAGCGAAAAAACGCAAAAAUAUUUGGAAAGUCUGCGAGUUGAAUUCUAUAACUUGCGAACUAAUCCCACACCGCACACAUUACCCCGUCUAAACCAAUUAGAUGGCGUUGUAUCUGCUCUAGAGCAAUAUCGCUUAUUAAAAUCGAAACUUGCGAGCCAAGAAGAUAUUGAAAAUGAAAAAGAUGUGGAAAUGCGACAACUUCUUGAAGAAGAAAAUGAAGUAUAUGGAGAUAUUUUACGCCAAACGGAAGAAACAUUACUUGAUAAGAUGCUUAUGUUAGCCGAAGAAGAAACAUAUAACUCAUUAAUAUUUGAAGUUAAUGCCGGAGCCGGUGGCCAAGAAGCAAUGCUGUUUGCGCGUGAGCUUUUUGACAUGUAUACAAACUUUUUUGAUUAUAAUGGAUGGUCGUAUGAAAUUAUCGACAAUGAGGAGACAGGUAUCGGUGGCUUACGACAUGGUAAUGUUAUUGUACAGAAUAGAGAAGCGUUUAACCAAAUGCAAUAUGAAGGCGGAGUCCAUAGGGUACAACGGGUGCCUGCAACUGAAAAAUCUGGUCGCAUUCACACGAGUACAGCUUCUGUGACAGUAAUUCCACGUCCAGACAAUGUAAAUAUUAAUAUAUCAGAGAAAGAUUUAAAAAUUGAGACUAAAAGAGCGAGUGGCGCUGGAGGUCAGCACGUCAACACUACAGAUUCGGCAGUAAGAGUAGUCCACUUACCAACCGGUUUAGCAGUUGAAUGCCAAACUGAACGUUCGCAAAUAAAAAAUCGUGAACGUGCUAUACAACGGUUACAAGCAAAACUGGUGCAACGAGAAUUGGAAAGUAAAGAAGCAGACGAAAAACGCACUCGCAAAGCACAGCAAGGAAAUUUAAACCGUAACGAGAAAAUACGUACCUACAACUUCGUUCAGGAUCGUAUUACAGAUCAUCGUAUAUCCAAUGGCACAGUGCAUAAUUUAGAAGAAUUCUUUGAAGGCGGCGAAGGCUUGGAGAGACUUAUAAAACGUGUCGCUGUAGAAUAUAGACGUGCAAAACUAGUAGACUUAAUUGAUAAAUAUGAAGCCUUAGUUACUGAAACGGGAAAAGGCGCGAAGAAAAAUGUGAACGAAUAAAUUUCUAUUCAAACUAUUUUUAAUUUGAUAAACUAA